GCAGCUGUAGGUGUAGCCAUGGUUCUAAUACUGUUGGUUGCCAUUCCCCUGCUGGUCCACACAACCAAAGGGGGAAACACUGGAAAUGCAGGGAGCCAUUAUGAAAUGCUUGGGAGCUGCAGGAUGGUAUGUGAUCCCUAUGCUACAUCUCAGCCUGGCCAGGAGCUGACAGCCGUGUCUCCACCAUCCAAGGAUUACCCUGGGAAGAAGCUAAAGUCUGGGCUCCGUGGGCCUCCAGGGAUCCCUGGCCCUCAAGGACCACGUGGACCCCCUGGAGAGCCAGGCAAACCAGGACCACAGGGGCCCCAAGGUCCAGGUCCUGGUGGCUAUUCUCCCUCACUCUACACUCCCAAAAUUGCCUUUUACGCAGGGCUACGCAAGCAGCACGAGGGGAGUGAAAUACUCAAGUUCGAUGACGUUGUGACCAAUGUAGGUAACUACUAUGAGCCCAGCACUGGAAAAUUCACCUGUCCUCUGCCUGGCAUCUACUUCUUCACCUACCAUGUUCUAAUGAGAGGUGGUGACGGGACCAGCAUGUGGGCAGACCUAAAGAAGAACGGACUGGUAAGAGCCAGCGCCAUCGCUCAGGAUGCUGAUCAAAAUUACGACUACGCCUCCAACAGUGUGAUCCUGCAUUUGGACGUGGGUGAUGAGGUGUGCGUGCAGCUGGACGGAGGCAAGGUCCACGGAGGGAACACAAACAAGUAUAGCACCUUCUCCGGCUUCCUCAUCUACCCAGACUGAAUCUAACCAUUCCUUACAGAAAAUGGACACCAACACACACACACACACACAUAUUCCCAGUUAAAUGUAAGUAUGCAAACAAAUGCACACAUAGAAACAUGCAAGUCGCACAAUGCAUGCAAACACACACACACACACACACACACAAACACACACACAGUCAGACAUUACAACAGACUACAGAGGCGUGGAUCGAGUGAAAAUCAGAGAUGAGUGGGAUUAAGUCCUGUUGCGUGACUUUGAGCCAGUCAUGAUGAACAACUGCAAUUAUCUGACACCCUUUGUUCAACUAUGAACGUCAGAAGAUGUAAAGUAUAGGUGCACAUAACAAUUGCACAUUGUGGCUAUGAAAUAUCUAAAAUACUUUAGCGUGUUCCAUAUUACCUGAUAUUGUGAGGACUACAAUAUAACAAACACCAUCAAUUCAAUUGAUAUUUAUUGCAAUAAUGGUAUUGAGGGUGCCAUUCAACAAGAUGACUAAGUUGAGACAAAUGCACCUACUGUCAUAGUCUUUACUUUCUAGAGUUCUGCUAUCCAUUCCAUUGACCUCUGAUGAAAUGGCCUGCCUAUAUUUUGCAACUCAUCAUUGUAAAAUAUUUCCCUGAAGUGAAUAACACAAGUUGAAAUGUAAUCCCUGUUGUGAUUCACCCUGCAUUGGGAACAUAUACUGAUUAAAAUAAUGCUGUCUGAAUAAAUCCCAGAGGUUUCACCUUUCUUUCCUGUUUCCAUAAUGACACAGGACACAUCACAGCAAGAUAAAACAGAUCAAAAUACACACACAACACAUUUUAUGGAUGGCAUUUGUGUGUGAUGAAGUUUUAAUUGCAGAGUACAUUAGUGACAUGGAGGGUAUGCACAUGAUGUCACCAUUAGUGUAUUAGUUGUAAUACAUUAGUUGUGCUAUUUAACAAGAAUUUGGAGCUAUCUUUUUUUUUACCAUAUGCAAAAACAACUAGAUUCCAAGCAGGAAAACAUGAAUUUUGAGUAGCAUUUUUUUGUUGGUAUGUUGAACUUCUGGGUAAAAUCAUGUGUUGUAUACUGUAUUGACAACUCAUCAAUUAAGUACUUAUCAUCUUACAUUUAAAUUCUGUGUUACCGUUAUGGUUUUGUCAAAAUGUAUUAAUAAACACUCAUGAUGAUGAGCUUUACAGCUUGAACCUCAGACAAAGGGAUA